AUGCUUUUGUUAAAUUUACGAUGUCGUAGCCCGAAGCUGAACUUCAAAAUCGGUAUCAACGAUCGAAUAUCCCACAGUACAAUUGUGAAUACCAGGCUGUACUCCAAUGCUAAUAAACUAUCUUUUGAAGAUCACCGUAUCAUAGCUCAAAGGCAGAAGCUUUUUAUUACAGAUCCAAAAUCACCAGGCUCUAUUUUCUUUCUACCUCAUGGGGCCCGUGUCUAUAAUCGACUUGUAGAUUUUUUAAAGCUACAGUAUCGACUAGAAGGUUUUGAAGAAGUUAUGACGCCUAUUAUUUACAAGAAGGACUUGUGGGAACGAAGUGGACAUUGGCAAAACUAUGAGAAAGAGAUCUUUCGCGUGGAGGGAAGCAAAAAGGCUGAAGAAACUGAAGAAGAAAAUAAUGCCAUUUAUGGAUUAAAGCCUAUGAACUGCCCUGGUCAUUGCUUAAUAUAUGCUCAUACGGAACGGUCCUAUAGGGAUUUACCUUUGCGGUUUGCAGAUUUCAGCCCUUUACACAGAAACGAGGCUUCUGGAGCUCUUUCUGGGAUAACCAGACUUCGGUGCUUUCACCAAGAUGAUGGUCAUAUAUUCUGUGAACCCCAGCAGAUUAAAACCGAAAUCACGAAAACACUUCAUUUUAUAAAACAUGUCUACUCUCUAUUGGGAAUGAAUAAGUUAAAAUACUAUUUAAGUACAAGACCUGAAGACUCGAUUGGUUCUCUUGAAACCUGGAGCUUAUCAGAAAAUGCAUUAAAGGAGGCAUUGAGCGUCAACGAAGUGCCUUGGGUAUUGAAUGAAGGAGAUGGUGCAUUUUAUGGACCAAAGAUAGAUGUCAAUGUUGCAGAUGCCCGCGGAAAAUGGCAUCAAACAGCAACCAUCCAACUCGAUUUUCAUUUACCUGAACGAUUUAAAUUGUACUAUCGCACAAAAGCUGGUGGCUCUUCCACUGUUGAAGGAAAUGAAAACAUGCCCGUCCUCGUUCACAGAGCCAUCUUUGGAUCCUUGGAACGAUUUAUGGGAAUACUAAUAGAGCAUAUUAACGGUCACUGGCCGUUUUGGUUAAGUCCACGCCACGCAGUUAUCCUGCCCAUUAACCAAAGUAAGCCCGUUUUAGAUUUUGCAAAGAGAGUACAGAACGAGCUUUCUGGUUCGAGUCAAGUUCAAUCGCAUUUCGCGCCCUUAAACCAAACCUAUUUUUACGUCGAUUUGCAAGCCGAUGCCCAAUCUUUAGGAAAGAGACUACGAGAAUCUAGGCUUUUGAACUAUAACUAUGAGAUUGUAAUUGGUGAAAAAGAGGUACAAGAACAAGUCCUCAGUGUGACGGAUAGACAAGAUCGGAAAUCUACUAAACGAAUGACGAUUGAUGAAUUGAGACGCACUUUUGAACAAAGGCUAAGCAAAUAUGAAUAA